CUUGAAAUUAAGAAACUGAAUUUGAUAAUUAAAUCAAAAUAAUUAAAAUCACAAAGAAUCAACAGCAUCAAUGCCCGACAUGCGACCAUAAGUUUCUUAGUGAACAUGAAUUGAAAAGACACAUGCAAACUCAUAGAGGCGAAAGGCCGUUUCGUUGCAAUUUGUGCGGAAAAAUCUUUCCAUUGAAGUAUCGUUUGAGAGAGCAUAUGAAAGUGCACUCGGAAGAAAGACCAUUCAAGUGCAAUUACAAUAGCUGUGAAGAAAGCUUUAAACGAAAAUGCAACUUGGAACAACACAUGUACACAGCGCAUUCCGAUGAGAUUUUAUCUAAAAUUUCACAAAACGACCCGAAGAUAAUGAGACGUAAAUGUAACUUCUGCUUAAAAGUUUGUCAGUCUCCUUCUACUUUAAAACUUCACUUAAGAACUCACACCAGAGAACGGCCAUUUACGUGUAAUUUUUGCAACGGCACUUUCAAUUACAAAAGUAAUUUAAACAGACACAUCAGAAAGUUCCAUCCGAAAGAGAAAACUCCAUCUUGUUCCGAACAAUGGCAAGAAAGACAGAACGAAGAAGUGCAAGCCGCCAACACACUGCUAUUACUAAGAGAAGGAGGAUUGAGGAGAAGAACAUCGGAAAUGUUUGAGCCUGACAAACUGCCCUUUCAUUCAGAUAAACCUUCCUCCAAGUAAUAAUUGAUAAAUAAAUGAAGUAAAGACGUACUAAUCAGAAGAUUCACCGAAAAAUUUCAAACUGCAUUUUUUUAACCAAAUUUUCGAAAUAAUUUAUAUCACUUGAGCUUAAGAUAAAUGUUUAAAUUAUUAAAAACUUCCGAUGAGAUUUUAAUCAAUA